UAGCAUGCAAAUAAUAUCAGAUGCAUCAUGUCAUCUGCGCGCUGAUCAUACAAUAAUUUGUAAACAACGCUCUGUUGGAAGGAAAGUUCUAUGCUACUCGUACCAGUUUUGAUGAAGAUUGUUGACACUAUAUCAGAUGAUGAGUAUUACAAGACUCUUGGAAUAAGCAGCAAACAGGAUUCUGCACGUACUGAUUUAAAAGGGAUGUGCUGAUGUUGACGCUUCCAUGCGAAUAAUAUACACUUAUGUGUUGUUCUACAUGCUUGAAAUGAAUAUGACUGAUGCCUUCAAAUGUGUACGUCAAGAUAAUUGGAGGAAUAUUGUGAACUCUAAUAUAUAUAGACAAAUGAUGUGAGAGACAUAGCCUGGAAGAAAACAAAAGUCAGACACACUCUGUAAAGAGCAAGCAGGCGAAAUGUUCAGAAGACGCAGAAAGAGAGAUGCACAGAAAACUGAGGUUGGACCCAGGUCCACCAUCAAACGAACAAUGUCUAUUGAAUCCAUGGAUUCUACUAUGAGCGAUGCAUCCUUCAAUGUCACCAACAAACCAACAGACUUAAGGGAUUUCAAAUUAGCCAACAUCUUCUGGCGUGCCAAGCUCUCUUGCCAUCGAUUUCAUGUCGGUAACCCCCUGGUGACCUUCAGUGACCUUUGGCCUGAAGAGGUCAAGGAUCUGAUCUCUUGUUUCAAGGACCCUGAGUUGCAGGAUUCAGUGGUGACAUGCUGUAAACUGGUGCUCCGGUGUGGACCAAUCAGAGUCCUCAGAGAGCUGCUUGAUCAAAGAAUCAUAAAUAUAGAUCAACGUCUUGAAGAAGGACUAGGUCUCUUACACUACGCAGUCCUGGCAUGUAAUGAUGAAGCUGUAUCCUUUCUGUGUAGUAGAGGUGCCUCCGUCAAACAGCAGGAUAAGCUAGGUCGUACGGUAGACCAGGUAUGUUACUGUUCCAGGACCAGAAGAUGCUUGCCUACCCGUUACCAUGGAAGUUCAUUCCGUAAGAAACAAGGGUCAUUUCAUGAUAAGAAGGUCAUCUUUGAGUAUGUUCAGCAACCUGACCGAUUCAAUGACCUUCAGAUCCAGAUCCAGUCCAUGGAUUUUGAUAUCAAUCAUGACAAAGAUCAGAAGGGAAACCUUCUCUUACAUGCUGCUGUCAAAGGAGGGCUCCCUCAGCUGUCGUUGAUCUUGAAUCUAGUUCAGUUUCAUGGUGCUAAUGUAGAGGCUACGAACAGGAAAGGAAUGACACCUCUUAUUCUUGCAUCUCAGCUUGGCCUCGAUGUCAUUGUAGAGAUCUUGAUUUGUGUGAUUGGUGCUGAUCCAGAUACGAAGAACAAUGUGAAUGGAUGGACAGCCUUACAUUAUGCAGCUCAGAAGAACCAUGUCCAUGUCAUAGACUGCCUUGUGAAAAGAGGUGCUGACAUAAAUAUAGAAGAUAAAUUUAGUAUGCGAGCAGAUGACAUUGCCGGCCGAUGUGAUAACAAUGAGUGUCGUGACCUCAUACGUAACCUUCGACAUCAGCGCUGUAUCCUGCUCAGUCAGUAUGUCAGAAAGGGCAACCUGUCACCAAAUGAUGCCAGAGUGAAAUUCUCUGAUCAUUUCAACGUUGAUAAUGAUGGACUAACCCUCAUCAUGGCUGCUGCCAAAGCAAACAGGUGUGACAAUCUGAGCAUCCUGUUAAAGGAGAAGAACUGUCCUGUCAAUGCACAGCAUCACAUGACUGGAAAAACAGCACUUACUAUGGCCGCCAUGGAUGGCAAUGCGAACGUCCUCCAGACCUUGCUGACCCACAAUGCAUUGGCCACUAUUCCUGACAUUGAGGGCAGGCUUGCACUUCACUACGCAUGUAUCCAUGGCCAUAUCGACUGUGUACAGGUCAUUGUUGAAUCAACUCAGGGUCUACAUGGUUUAUACACUGCCUUCCAACUUGCCAAAGACACUUCCAUCAAAGCUCUUCUCCAUGAAGCCAUGGAGAGACGUCAACGUGAGAUCACUAACCCAACUCUGUUUGAGUGUGUUAUGAACGGUGAUGCUUCUAAGAUCUAUUGUAUGUUAGAAGAAGGUGAUGAUGUCAAUCCUAUCACUGGUACUAGUGACUGGCCUGUCUACAUGGCUGUAGGCAACGGACAUUUUGAAGUCGUCAAGCUACUCCAGCAGUAUGGUGGAGAUAUCUGGAGCCUUCAUUCAGCCACACGAUCCAGCGUCCUGCAUGUAGCAUGCUCUAGAGGCCUUCAAGAGAUAGUCUGCCAUCUCCUCUACUACUGCCAUCCUAACGAUUCCCAUCACACCAUUGAUAUCAAUGCUAUCAAUAAGGUGGGGGUUUCUGCUCUGCAACUAGCUGCUUCUAAAGGUCACAGCGCUAUCGUGAAGAUGCUGUUAGAGCACGGAGCCAGUGCAGCCAUCAUAGAUGAUCAGGGACGACUGUAUAAGUGUGUUGAAUACGAGGGUGUGCAGGCACUGAUUGAGAAACAUCGUAAGAACAGAACAGAGAGGAUCAUGCUAGGCAUCAAGGAUAAGAAGAGAUUCAAACAACUCAAGAAGAUGUGGCAGCCCAAGUUUGACCACAACCUACGCAAUAAAGCUGGAGACACACCUCUAAUGACUGCAUGUCUGUAUGGCCGACUAGAAGCGGUCAAGUUCUUCUUAGAAACUGCUGUUCAGAAUAUGGAGGAAGAAGAAGGAGACUUGGAAAGGUCAACGAGAUGGAGACGAGAAUCUGAUAAUGAUUCAGGGACCUUCUUGGAAUCUUGUUCACCUGGUACAUCAAGGAGAAACAGAGCAUCACUGGACUACAUGGAAUGCUCUACAGACUUCAGUGACUAUGAGGAUAUCUCAGCCUAUCAUCCUUCUCGUUAUGAUCUUUAUCCUAGUAUACCGACGCAGGACAUCUCCAGCGAGUCUGACUCCAACCUGACUCCCGAGGGUCUAAAGAGGGCAGUACAGCAUAGUAGACGGAUGAUUCAAGGAAGACCAGGUACCCGCAAGUGUUUAUCAGACACUGAGACUCUGGAUACACUUUCACAGCUGCCAGCUUAUGAAAGACUGCACUCGAUUACAGAAGAGAGAGGUUCUAGGUAUGCUCCCGGCCUUGCAUCAAUUAGGUCUUCAUCAUUUAUGAGCCUUACUGAUACAGAGUGCCUUUCCAGACCCCGAGAUAAUGUAUCAAUAGCUUCCUUCAAUGCCACUGGUAGCGUGUAUGGAGGAUCUAAGGCUAUUCAUUCCCGCACACCAUCCAUGAGUGAAAUCUACGUCAAUCUCGGACAACCAACUAGGCCAAAUAUCUACCAAGGUUCCACAGUAAACCAUAUAUGUGCGUCUAACACCCUGGACGGUUGUACAGCUGUACAUCGAGCAAUCCAAUGCUCUGAUCAAAAGAUUGGUCUGGCUAUCCUUGCCCUUCUAGUGGACAAAGAUACAACCAUCAUCAAUGUCCAGAACUGUGAUGGUAUUACUGCUCUUCACCUAGCCUGCAAACUUGACCGUAGACAAAUGGUCAAGAAACUUGUGAGUGUUGAUUACAUAGACCUCAACAUUCGCACACUGGAUGGCAAACUUCCUGAGGAGAUGGCCAGGUCAGAAAGGUCAAAGGUUGCCAAGAUGGUCAAAAAUGCAAGAGCAAAUAUAGAAGGGGACAGAUGGUUGAUGGUCCCCAAUGAACCCACCACACCAGCGAGUUCGUACGGACAAGCAUCGUCGAUAGACUUUGAUAAACUUGAUGAAAGAUUUGAUCAGAUGAAGAAAAGGAGACCAUAAUGAAUCGACUUUGAUAGACUUCAAGAGAGAGUUGAUCUGAUGAGGAAUUGAGACCAUCAUCAAUCGACUUUGAGAAACUUCAAGAGAUAUUUGAUCAGCUGUGGUAAAACUAGAGUCAUAAGAGAACAACUACAACUUGUUAAAGGUAAAGACCAGUAUUGGAAACGCCCCAAUUUCAAAAAAUGAAAUGGAAGCUCUUAUUACCAAUCAUGUGAAAGAAUAGGUUUUGACU